CAGGUCUCAGGCCCCCAGGCGGGGCGGCGGGCACCGAGUCACCAGGCACAACCGUGGGCUCCGAGUCAACUGGGAUGACCGCUGGCACUGGGUCAGACAUUGGAUCGUCUGGCUGGACAGCGGGCAUAUCGGGUCACCAGGCAUCAGGUCAUUUGGCUCGACAGCGGGCACCGCGUCAUCUGGCAAGGCAGUGGGCUCCGAGUCAACUGGUAUUGGAUCGUCUGGCUGGACAGCGGGGCACUGGGUCACCAGGCAUCAGGUCAUUUGGCUCGACAGCAGGGCACCGCGUCAUCUGGCAAGGCAGUGGGCUCCGAGUCAACAGGCACGACAGUGAGCACCGGGUCACCAGGUACCGGAUUGUCUGGCUCGACAGCGGGCAUCGGGUCACCAGGUAUGACAGCGGGCACUGGGUCACCAGGCAUCAGGUCAUUUGGCUCGACAGCGGGCACCGGAUCAGGUACCGAUCAUCUGGAUCAACAGCAGGCAUCGAGUCAACUGGCCUAAUAGGAUCGUCAGGCUGGAUCAGUUCAUCAUGCUGGGUAGAGGCAUCAGGCUGAAUGCCGGCGU